UAAGCUGCUCCAGUAUCAAAGUCUAUACAACGACUUCCUCUUUUGUUUUGGGAUUUUAAAAAAAGAAAGCUGAGGAGACUGGUCAAAUGAAUUGUUUAAGGAGAGAUGUUGAACAAAACUAUUUGCUAAGCCUGUGGCAGGCUUGGGUCCUGGAUGCACUGGAAAGAGAAAAAGGUAAGGGAAUGUUUCUCGUGGGACCAGCGUCUCCCUUGGUAGACAUAGAAAGCUUUUGAGGUCUGCCUAGUUCUUCUGCAGAUGAGUUUUGCAUUGAGAGUUUUGCACUAGAAACUAGCAUUUGCAAUGGCAGAAACUCUUUACAGCGAAGAACUAAAGCUUCAUGGAGUUAUGUGGAACUGAUGCAAGAUUGAACCCACAACCUGUUCACGAUCAAAGCUUUUUUGUUUCACAAGUCAUGAAAGUGCAUUCGAAGAUUUAAUAUCUUGGCAGUUUUUUUAAAAAAAUGGAUGGAGAAGAUGCAAAGAAGAGAACCCUGGAAAGCUGUGAAGAUGGUAUCUUUUAAAGAUCCCCAUCCAGACACAUUAUAAGUCAAAUCCAGAAGAAGAAAUCCCUUGUAAAGAAAGAGAAACAGCGAGAUCCAUCAAGGACCUUUUCCUUGGGCUCAGAUGAUGAAAAAUCCAAAGAUGAAGGCAGAAAAGGAACCAUAGAACCCCGAAUGAAUAAUUUUAGAGCAGGAACUCAAAUUAUGAAGCAAGCACUUCCUGGUGCAGAGUCCACAUUGUGUCAUUGGAGAGUGAGGCAGUUCCUGGAAAAACUGGAUAAACAGCCCAACAACAAAGUUUUGGACCUGAACAACUGCGCAUUAAAUGCAAGCGACAUAAAAGAGCUGACUGCCAUUAUACCUUUGCUGCCAGACCUGGAAGAGAUCGAUCUUUCCUGGAAUGAUUUCAUAGGAGGGGCUCUACAAACUCUUACCCUUCAGUUCAGCCACAUGCAAGAGCUAAAAGUCCUUCGACUGAAUAACUGUAGACUUACAGCCAAGGACAUCACUUUUUUAGGGGAAGCACUUGAAGUCAUUCCAUACCUUGAGGUAUUGGAUUUAUCCUGGAAUAACAACAUUGGUGGGAGCCUUUUCAUUCUAACCCAAAAAAUGCCCAAAGAUUACAAUCUCAGAACACUGAAAAUAACAGAUUGCAGUCUAACAAUAGAAGAUGGAAAAUCUCUAGCCCAGCUUCUACACAGGAUCCAGAAUCUCGAAGAACUGGAUUUGUCUAUUAACAAAAACAUAGGAUGUAGUCUGAAGAGUAUUGCUCAGGAACUGAAAUAUGUCUCAGGCCUAAAAGUACUAAAUUUGCACAUGUGUGGAUUGAAACAAGAUGGAUUCCCAUGCUUAGAUGAUGCUUUUCAGCACAUACCAGAACUUAAGAAGUUAGAUGUGUCCUGCAAUAAAGAGAUGGGAGGAGGCUUCCAAAACUCAGCUGCUCAUUUGGCCAACUUAAUUAACCUUGAAGUUCUGGAUCUUCAUCAGUGCCGCAUUACAGAAGAGGACAUGGCAGUUUUAACGCAGAUAAUACCACUUUUGUCAAGUCUUCAAGAGCUGGAUUUAUCAUCAAAUAAAAGUGUUGGGAUAUCUUCUGAUAACCUUCUUAGCAGAUUCCGUUUUUUACCAAAACUGAAAUCUGUGCUCCUGAGCAAUUGCUCUCUACUGCAGAAUUCAUUUGCAUCUUUAGCCGAGGCUGCCCUUCACCUUCCUGAACUGAAGAUAUUAGACCUCUCUUGGAAUAAAUGCGUUGGUGGGAACCUAAAGCUGAUUUUGAAAGCGCUAAACCUUGAGGCUGAGCUCCAAGAGUUAAGACUGAGCAGCUGCAGCUUGGUGGAUAAAGAUCUGGCUUGUCUCGCCCUGGUCAUCCAAGAUGGUCCUCUGGCUAAACUACAGAAGCUGGACCUGAGCUACAACAACCACAUCUCGGACCAGGGGUGGUCAACGUUCUAUCAAGGCAUUGUGGCUCUCGAACAGCUCUCUGAACUGGAUGUCAGUCUUCGGCCUGCAUCACGCCGUGACUGCGGGGAAUGGUUUGGCAAACUGUUGGCUGCCAUGCCAAAGCUGCCCAUACUCUCAGAGCUAGACCUCCAAGGCUGGAUUCUCUCCGAACGACAACAAAAACAGCUGGAAAGUUGCAACUGGAACAAUGAACAAAAUGUUCACUUUGACACUUAGCCCAAAUCAUCAAACUAGCAUAACAGUCGGCAGCAAGUGGCCCAGGGACACUUUUUGCGGUCCCUCCAUGCUGUUCAGCCUUACCUGGUGCAGUAUGGUGGAGAGGAGGAGAAGAAAAGAAUAAGAGCUAGAGAUAUUGCUGGCAGAAAAGGAAUACUGACAACCCAACACUGCAACAGAAAUCCCAUUCAGCCACUUGGCUGGUUGCAGAGCUCUCACAACAAGAAUUGCCUUGCUGGUAUUACCCUAAAGCUUAUUCUUUACACUCUAGAAAAAGGCAAGUUUUCUUGAUCCAUCAAAAUGUGUGUGUUUUUUGUGAAUUGCUUUUUUUUGUAUUCCACUGUUUUGGAUUUAUUCCCCUAGAUCUUUUCCCGGUAUACUGUUUUGCACAUCUUUUGAGACUCUGAAUGGAUGCAUUACUUCUUUUUACCCUUUCCCUUUCCCUUGUCUUUUCCUUUCCCUUUUUCCUUGCCUUUCUUCUCCUUCUUUUCUUUUUUAGCUCUCUUCAACAUUCUCAAGACCUCAGUGAAGGCACCAAGCCCUUUGCGAACCAUGAGGCCACGCCACCAAGCCUGGACCUGGAAAAACCAAAUCAAUGUUAAAAUUGUCAAUAGCAGAUGUUUGAGGCCGCAGUCCCCAAAAAAUUGCAAAUGCAAGUUUUUUGGAGGGUGGGUGGGGGGACAGUAAACAUAUGAAGUUGCUUUAUAUAGAGUCAGGUUGUAAUGUUUUUAAGUAAAUGUGUGUAUGUGUCUUUAAAUGCUUGGUGUGGUGUAGAUGAUGUAGUGUGUGGUGUAAGUGUAGUGUGGUGUGGUGUAGUGGGGGUGAAAGAGAGGGAUGAGUGAGUGAUGUGAUUGGUUGAUGAUUGAAAGUGUGGGCAGAGUGAAGGCAGUUUUAGGCUGAGAGUGGAGAAAAAGAUUCAGUCAGAGCAAAAGAGGCAAUCUGUGUGCACCCUUAGCAUGUUUAAGCAUUUCUGAUAAAAACAUUGAGUCUGGUAUUAGCAGGCAAGCUGUGUACAGCCUGAGUAUUUUUAAGCAGUUCUGAGAGCCAAACUACAAGUGACGCCUGACACUAGUUGGACACUUGCCAGCUUCCCUCAAUUUUUUUUAAUUUAAUUUAUUUAGCUUCCCUCAAGUUUUGAUGCGAAAUGUAGGCGUCCUGAUCUUGCAGCGUGGCUCUCCAACUGCUGUCCAAUGGACUUUUCAACUAUCACUUGUUCAACAUUCUGCCAAGCUGCCUACAUUUCCCAUCAAAACUUGAGGGAAGCUGACAAGUGUCCAGCUAGUGUCAGGUGUCACUUGUAAUUUGGCUCUGAGAGAAAUAUUUAGUCAGGAGAAAGCAGGCAAACUGUGUGUGCGCCUGAGAAAAGGUCUUACUUGUAACUGAGAGAGAAAUUAAUAUGAAAAGCAGGCAAACUGAGUGUGAAGCCUGAGAGGAGAUCUGUGUGACUGGGUUUAAAUAAAGUAACUUUAAGAACUGAGAACUACUCUUUUGAAACCAAGUUUUAGAAAUAAUAUGAAACCGAUACGCUUCUUAUA